AUGGACAUAAAACCUUGGAAAAAGAGAAAACGAAGUGGUGGGAUUAAGAGAAAACUCUCAAAACAAUAUUCCAAGUAUAAAACUUGCGAAAAUAACCAAAAUUUUGAUCAGCUUGGCCCAUCAACGUCAGUAUCCAUGCCAUGUCAAGAAUUCAGUGAAGAGAGUGAUUCAACGAAUAGCGGUAAUGGUUCCGUAUUCUUAAAAAAUAUUGUUAGCAUACCAAAUGACAAUCCUCCUGAAAAUUGUAGUGAUCUACCGUAUUUCAGCCAGAGACAAGAGCGAGUUUUAGUUUUCAACGAGGGUUCUAGAUAUUCAAACAUUACAGAAAAUAAUGAAAUUCAUACUCCAUCCUUUUAUAGAAGUUCAGACAGUGACACUGAUGAAGACGCUGAAGAAAGCAAGUUUUCGAACGAUAUUCUAUUUCGUGAACAAAUAAGAAAAUGGGCCAUAGAAAAAAAUAUUGCUCAAGCAGCGUUAAAAGAUUUGUCAAAAAUAAUAAAUAGUAGAUUUCCCAAUACUUUACCAAAUGAUCCUAGAACGCUUCUACGUACUCCCAGAAGUAUUAGUAUAGUAGAAAUCCAACUUGAUGGUGAAUAUUGGCAUAAUGGACUUACAGAUUCUCUUCAAAUAUGUUUGGAAAAGUGGGUGAAUGUACCAGAUAUUAUAAAUUUAAACAUCAACUUUGAUGGCCUUCCUAUAUACAAAAGUUCUAAAAAAGAAUUUUGGCCCAUUUUAUGUAAUAUCUUAGAAGAUCUUAUCUUAGAACCAUUUGUAAUUGGAAUAUAUUGUGGAAUCGGAAAACCUAAAAGCCUUGAAAAAUAUUUGGAGAAAUUUGUAACGGAAAUGAAAUACUUAUUAGAUAAUGGAAUCUAUCUUAGUAAUUGCAACAAAACAGUAACGAUCAGGAUAAGAUGCUUUGUUUGCGAUUCCCCUGCAAGAGCCUACAUAAAAGGUGUGUGUAACUUCAAUGGGAAACAUGGCUGCCUAAAAUGUAAUACUGUUGGAGAGUACUCCCACAACUCACACACUGUAUAUUUUCCGCAAGUAACGUCUUCUGCUAGAACAAACGAUGGGUUCAGAGUGGCAGAUUGUUUACAUCUCAUAGACUUGGGUGUCAUGAAGAGAUUGCUAAUUGGUUGGCGAGAUGGCAAUUUGGGAAAAUUUGUUACAAAAUGGUGUUCAAGAAACAUAGAUGUGGUAAUGAUUUUUUUACUCAAAUGUAAACUUCCGUCUGAGAUACAUAGAUCGGUCAGAGGUAUAGAUUGUCUUGUCCACUGGAAAGCUUCUGAAUAUAGAAGUUUUUUGUUUUACCUGAGCAUCAUUAUACUGCCAGAUGUGCUACCACGGGAUGCAUUCGUGCAUUUUCUGUUUUUAUAUUGCGCAAUAACGAUAUGUUCCAGCAAGGAAUACUUGCAUUUUUUGCCAUUAGCAAAAGAGUUGCUCCAGUAUUUUGUUCAACAUUACAAAGAUUUUUAUGGGGUAGAUUAUAUUACGAGUAAUGUUCACAAUUUACUCCACGUUGUUGAAGAGGUGGAAAGAUAUGGCCCGCUGCAAACUUUCAGUGCAUAUCCUUUUGAAAACAAAUUAUAUUUAAUUAAAAAAAUGUUGCGAGGUGGUAAGAAACCACUUCCUCAAGUAGCAAAAAGACUAAGUGAGAACUUUGAAAAACUUGGUGAUGAUUUGAAAACAAAAAACCAAUACAAGGGCCCAUUCAUAAAGAAAACUUAUAACAAACAUACUAAGAUUUAUUUCCAGUACUUUUGCCUUUCAAAGAAGCCACAAGAUAAGUAUUUCAUGACACAUACUAACGAUAUUUUUGAAUUGAAAGAAGUAAAAGAAGAAAAUCUAACAAUUAACGGGUAUUUAAUAACAGGGCUGAGAGAAGUUUUUGAUCACCUCGUUAAAUCAUCAAACUUUAAUAUUUUUAAAGCUAAAAUGCCAGAAAAUGAGCGCAUUGAGGUAACGGUGAAGCUGGAAAACGUUAAAUUGAAAUUAGUAUGUAUAGAACAUAAAAAGGAGUUGUAUUUCAUACCUCUCAUACACACUGUAUAA